AUGCCCAACAUACACAUAUUUUCUUGCCAACAGCCAGUCGGUGUGACCCCAGGAACAUCGGGGUACAACCUACAUCAGCUUCAGGGCAACAAGAGUCACGGCACAGAAAAACGUGGUUAUUUACUGAAACGUAGUGAAGGAAAACUGAAGAAAAUGUGGCAGAAAAGACUGUGUUCUGUGAAGGAAGGAUCACUGGCUAUCAGUCAUUCAGAUGAAAGUAAAGAUCCAGUUAGACUUAAUCUGUUGACCUGCCAAGUGAAGCUAAUACCUGACGACCCUGGGAAGAAAUGUUUUGACCUGAUAUCUAGCUCAAAAAACAGAACAUAUCAUUUCCAAGCUGAUGAUGAGUUUGAGAUGGAGAGUUGGAUCUCAGUGUUAAAUAAUGCCAAAGAGUCUGUGUUACUUGAGGCAUUUGGAGAUACAGGGAAGGCAAGCAGUAUGAAAAACAGUGUUAGGGAAUUAAGAACAGGGAUCAUGAAGGAGAUACAGAGACUACAAGGGAACAAUAUAUGCUGUGAUUGUAGUGCUGCAGAUCCAGAAUGGUUGUCAACGAACCUUGGAGUACUGAUCUGUCUAGAGUGCUGUGGAAUACAUAGAGAGAUGGGGGUACACAUAUCAAGAACUCAGUCAAUAAUUAUAGAUGAAAUAGGAACUGCUCAAUUAUUGAUUGCUCGAGUGAUGAGCAACCAAGGUUUCAAUGAUAUAUUUGAGGCCACCUUGCCAAGUAUAGAUGUCAAGCCUAGACCUGAUAGCAAUAUAGAAGAGAAAAAAGAUUUUAUACGUGCCAAAUAUGAACGACGACGGUAUGUCAGGCAAACCUGCACAAAUCGUGAGGAAAUACAAGAAGAUCUACGCCAGGCUGUGCUGUCAAGAGACAUUUUUCAGUUGCUACAAGUUAUGGGGGAAGGAGCUGACCUCAUGGCGGUUCUAGCAGAUAAUGACUACAAUGAGACUGCCCUACACCUGGCUAUAACACAAGAAGAAGGUUCUACACUCUUCCUAGUAGACUUCAUUGUACAAAAUUCAAACAGUGAGACAUUGAAGCGUACAACAACCGAUGGCAACACAGCCCUUCAUCUAUGUGCGCUCUACAGGCAGACAGAGUGUAUGAAACUGCUGCUUCGUGUAAAGCCAGAUCUUGCGGUUCUUGAGAACAACAGUGGGAAGACAGCAUUGGAUAUAGCCAGGAAGAAUGGCAAUCAGCUAUGCAUCGAUAUGUUAACCCAUGCCUUAUCUGGAAAGACAGAGCUAUUUGAGAAUGUGAACAUUGACUGGGGCCUGAUGCACACAGAGGGGGGACUAGAUGCUGUUGAUUACAGUGAUGAUGAACUUGAUGAAAAGGAAGGGAGAAGAUCAAGACCAAGCAGUAUAGUAAGUCAGGAAUCUAUGCAGAUGCCCCCACCCCCAUCCUUUCAGACCCCAGGGAGCCGCCCUAGUCUUAUGACACCUGCCCCACCCUCACAACAGGCCAAACAUAAAAGUGGUAUUACUAACCGGGAUGUGAAUCUGCGUCGUAAAGGUCCUGCCCCACCCCCUCCACCUGGUCACACAAGGGUACCCUCUGAUCCAAACACAAUCAGAAAAAUCAUGGAGCACAAGAGAACCUCAUCAGACCCUCCCCCUCUUCCUGAAAAAUCCCACAGAAAAUUCAACGAAAGGUAUGGGUCGCAACCAAGUGGCCUGGCAAUUUUUCCCCCUCCUGCACAGUUCAAAGAUAACAAUGGUAGACCUAAGCCUGCUCCCAGGACUGUGAGUAGAGCUCUAAGUAAAGAAGUGGAAGACCAGCUCAUUCCAAAUGAUGUUGGUGCUAUGCUAGAUGAGGGGAUUGACCCACCUAGACCACAGCCAAGAAAUAGGAAGAAGAUUGUAAGUAGUGUGAAGAGAGGACGAAGGUGUCGUGCAAUCUAUGACUGUGAGGCUGACAAAGAGGAUGAACUGUCAUUUAGACAGGGAGAUGUGAUUCUCUGGAUAAGGGAAGAUGAGGAAGAUAAAGAAUGGGCGGAAGGAGAAAUUGAGGGUGACCCUAGCCAGAGAGGAAUGUUCCCAGUUAGCUUUGUACAUAUGCUAAAUGACUGA